UGGGCCCGCCGCCCUGGCCUGCGCAGGCCCGCGGCCACUCGCUCCUGAGCGCCGGCUCGGGGCUCCACUGCUCUGGCCUGGGGGCGGGGCCGGCGCGCGGCGUCAUGCAUAUGCAUGAGCAGCGCGGCGGCUCCAUUGUGCCCUCGGAGCGGGCGGCGGCGAGAUGGCGCGGACGGUGGCGGCCCCGGGGCGGCGGGCGGCGCUGAGGGCGGGCUGAGCGCAUGGAGCGGCGCGGACCGGGUGCCGCGGCGGCGAGGGGCCGGGCCGGGCCGCUUGGAGCAGCCAGAGCAUCUGAGUCCCACGUAAGCACCAGUGAGGGCUGCUUCCUGCCACCCACAGACCUGGCCUUUAGGCUGCUCCCAAGCCAAUGAACCCCAUGAACCCCAUGAAACCCGCCCUGCCCCCCGCGCCACACAGUGAUGGUCCAUUCGCUUAUGAGGCGGUGCCUUGGCAACAGAGUGCCACUCAGCCAGCAGGAUCGCUGUCCGUGGUCACAACCGUGUGGGGAGUCGGCAACGCGGCGCAGAGCCAGGUUUUGGGGAACCCUAUGGGCCCUGCAGGGAGCCCCCCCGGCAGCUCCAUGAUGCCCGGCAUGGCAGGCGGCAGCUCUGCCCUGAACUCCCCACAGUGCCUGGGACAGCAGGCGUUCGGUGAGGGCAGUGCCAACAAGGGCUACGUGCAGCAAGGGGUGUACGGCCGCGGGGGCUACCCCGGGGGCCCCGGCUUCACCACUGGGUAUGCGGGGGGCCCGGGGGGCCCGGGGAGCCUGGGCCUCCCCUCACACGCCGCACGGCCCUCCACCGACUUUACUCAAGCGGCGGCAGCUGCUGCCGUGGCUGCUGCUGCCGCCACGGCCACAGCCACGGCCACGGCCACCGUGGCCGCCCUCCAGGAGAAGCAGAGCCAGGAGCUGAGCCAGUACGGAGCGGUGAGGCCCCGCAGCUCCUCCUGUGCGGCCCGUAUGGGGGCCGGACAGUCUUUUAACAGCCAGUUCCUGCAGCACGGCGGUCCCCGGGGGCCCAGUGUCCCCAGCAGCAUGAACCCUGCCAGCGUGGGAGGGCUGAUGGGCCCCUCGGGCAUGAACCCCACCCGGGCAGCGGGCCUGGCGCCCCUGUAUGCAGGGCAGCGCCUGCCCCAGCAUGGGUACCCUGGGCCCCCCCAGGCCCAGCCCCUGCCCCGACAGGGCGUCAAGAGAGCUUACUCCAGUGAGGUGUAUCCCGGGCAGCAGUACCUGCCAGGAGGCCAGUACACGCCCGCCGCCACCCAGUACGCGCCUGGCCCCGGGCAGCCCCCCGUCCCGUCCUCCUACCCUGGGCACAGGCUGCCCCUGCAGCAGGGCGCGGGCCCGUCCCUGUCCACCCCCAGCCCUGCGGGACUGCACUACAAGCCCGCAGAGCAGUUCAGCGGGCAGGGUGCCAGCUUCAACGGGGGGAGCGUCAGCUACAGCCAGCCCAGCCUGAGUGGGCCCGCCCGUUCCAUCCCCGGCUACCCCAGCUCCCCACUGCCAGGGAGCCCCACGCCGCCCAUGACCCCCGGCAGCAGCAUCCCCUACAUGUCCACCAGCCAGGAGGUGAAGUCUCCCUUCCUGCCCGACCUCAAGCCCAGCGUGAGCAGCUUGCACCCGUCACCGCCUGGCGGCGGCCCUUGUGACGAGCUGCGGCUGACCUUCCCCGUGCGGGAUGGGGUGGUCCUGGAGCCCUUCCGCCUGCAGCACAACCUGGCCGUGAGCAAUCACGCCUUCCAGCUCCGUGACUCCGUCUACAAGACCCUGAUGCUGAGGCCUGACCUGGAGCUGCAGUUCAAGUGCUACCACCACGAGGACCGGCAGAUGAACACCAACUGGCCGGCCUCGGUGCAGGUCAGCGUCAACGCCACCCCACUCACCAUCGAGCGCGGUGACAACAAGACCUCCCACAAGCCCCUCUACCUGAAGCACGUGUGCCAGCCGGGCCGCAACACCAUCCAGAUCACCGUCACGGCCUGCUGCUGUUCCCACCUCUUCGUGCUGCAGCUGGUGCACCGGCCAUCCGUCCGCUCGGUGCUGCAGGGUCUCCUCAAGAAGCGCCUCCUGCCUGCCGAGCACUGCAUCACCAAGAUAAAGCGGAACUUCAGCAGCGGCACCAUCCCUGGCACCCCUGGGCCCAACGGAGAGGACGGGGUGGAGCAGACGGCCAUCAAGGUGUCUCUCAAGUGCCCCAUCACCUUCCGCAGGAUCCAGCUCCCUGCCCGAGGCCACGACUGCCGCCACAUUCAGUGCUUCGACUUGGAGUCCUAUUUACAGCUCAACUGUGAGCGAGGGACCUGGAGGUGCCCCGUGUGCAACAAGACGGCAUUGCUGGAGGGCUUGGAGGUGGACCAGUACAUGCUGGGCAUCCUCAUUUACAUUCAGAACUCUGACUACGAGGAGAUCACCAUCGACCCCACGUGCAGCUGGAAGCCAGUGCCUGUGAAGCCUGACGUGCACGUCAAGGAGGAGCCGGACGGGCCGGUGCUGAAGCGCUGCCGCACCGUGAGCCCCGCCCACGUGCUCAUGCCCAGCGUGAUGGAGAUGAUCGCUGCCCUGGGCCCUGGGGCCGCGCCCUUCGCCCCCCUCCAGCCCCCCUCAGCCCCGGCUGCCGGCGAUUACCCCAGCCAGGGUUCCAGCUUCCUGGGACCCGGGACGUUCCCCGACUCCUUCCCGCCCACCACGCCGACCCUUACUGAGUUCACCCCGGGGCCACCCCCUGUCUCCUAUCAAUCCGACAUUCCCAGUAGCCUCCUGACACCGGAGAAAUCUGCCCCCUGCCUCCCAGGCCAGAUGGCGCCAGCGGGUCACCUGGACCCGGCGCAUAACCCUGGGCCUCCGGGGCUGCACGCCCCCAACCUUGGAGGCCCCCCAGGGCCCCAGCUGCACCAUCCAAACCCUCCCCCGGCAUCCCGGCAGCCCCGGGGCCCGGUGAAUUCGGGUCCCAUCGGUGAGCUGGCCUUCAGUGCUGCCACAGGCAUGAUGGGGCCCCCCGUGUCUGGGGCAGGGGAGGCCCCGGAACCGGCCCUGGACCUGCUCCCAGAACUGACUAACCCUGACGAGCUGCUGUCCUACCUGGGCCCACCCGACCUCCCCACAAACAGCAAUGACGACCUGCUCUCUCUCUUCGAGAACAACUGAUCCUGUCGACCACCUGGCCGACGGGGACAUGCCCACAGAUGUCACACACCCUCCUCUCCAGCCCGGCCACCCCUGACACCAGCGGCCCUCCCCACACGUACACCUGGAGCCGGGACGCGCCCCGACGCCUGGCCCUGGAGGCUGGAGGCGGCCCUGCACUGGCUGGGAGGGGACCCCUGGGCGGUGGUGCUCGCUGGCCCAGUUUGCAGCUGCAGAACUGUUUUUGAUGAGAUUCCCCAGCCCCGCCCUUGUCCCUGCCCUGGCCCCAUCCGCACCCCACCCAUGCUUGUCCAGCCCUGCCUGGUUCAUGCACACCUGCCGCCCUGGCCCCUCAGCCUCGCCCCAGGCCCCCUGACCCCUGCCUGCUCUCACCGGCCUGCAUCUUGUCCAGCGUUGACCUUUUUACUUCAAUGACCCCUUGGCCCUGGGCCGGUGAGGACCGGGGCCCCGUCUCACCCAGCCUCCUGUGGCAGGGGCUGGGGGGGGGGUCCCUCCUCCUGCCCGAGGCUUCAGGCUGACGCUGGGGGUGGGGCCUCUACAGCACAACAGUGUACGUAGCGUAGAAACCCUGACAGAUGGAGGGUGGCUGGGCCUCUGUGCAGCCGGCGGCUCCUGCCCUUGCCCCGUGCAGGCAGGGAGGGUGGGCGGCAGCGAGCUCCCUCCCGCUGGAGGCGGGGCUCGGACUCAGCUCCCCGUACAGAUUCUUCAGCAGGCGGCUCCCCCGAGUUCCCCUUCUCUGUGAAAGUGAAGAAUUGGUCUCGCUGUGUUUUUUAAAACCACACCUCUCCCAUGUCCACCCUGGGGCCACGCCAGGUGGGGGAGGAGGAGCUGUGCAGGGCCGAGCUGUGUCCCCUGUCUGCCCGUCUCUAUUAAAGGACUCCCUCGUGGUGGA